AUGAGUUGGACGUUCUCCAUCUGGGUGGCGGCGGCUCUGAUGGCUCUUUGUAGAGGACAAAACAUUGGCUAUGAAGGAAAUAGUCUGUCUCCAUCUGGCUACCAUCUUUGUAUUCACAACGAGACAAGGAUUGUGAGUUACCUGGUGAUGCACAAGGUUCCAUAUACUGUGAUAAACAUCUGUGGCGGCUGGCUUCUCUGGAGGACAUGUGAAGUGACUGUCUACAAGAUGGUUCCUCAGACAGAACACAAGACAGUGAUGGAGCUAGUCACCAAGUGCUGCGAUGGCUACGUACAAGUCGGUCGUUACUGCGCCCUGCCUGUAAACAGGACUGGAGAGCUCAUCGCCAAGCCAGGCUCAUGUCCAACUGCAGAUGGACAUUGUCCCAUACCAGAGGACUGUGUGUGGGACAUGGACUGCCCAGGCUGGCAGAAAUGCUGCCAGAGACUGGGUCGCUCUUUCUGCAGUCAACCUUCAAGCUCAGCUAAUUAUUCUGUGAAUGGAGAAUACCGAUGGAAUGCAACAGUCACGGUGAAGACAGAUCACCAGCAACUGUUGUUCCUGGAUAAAGGACUUCUGAAUCACACACGAUUACUACAUGCAAUGGUGACUGGAGCUUUGCAGCCUGAUGAGGUUUCAGUCCAUUACCUCAGCUCGUGGCCUGUGCAUCCAUACAGGACUGCAACGUCACUGCUGAUAGUCUGCAGCUCCACCCUGUCACUGCACAGUGUCACAUCAAAGCUGCAUCUGCUCCUGAAACACAUACAAGAGGUGACAUCUGUAACGGUGGAAGACGUAGACGAGUGUGUGCAGUCUGUUCUCCAUCAGUGCUCCCCUCAAGCACAGUGUAACAACACAGUGGGAUCCUACCAGUGUAUCUGUCACCAAGGAUACAAUGAUGUUGAGCCCAGCAACCCUGGAGCCAAUUGUACAGCUGGUGAUGGUGUGUGGACCAGCACAGAGACCCCGCUGACCCACCUUCCACCCAUGACCACAACCUACACUCCAGCCCCCAACACCACACAGGAGCUUCCAGGCAGCAGCACCACUGUUACCCACAACUCCUCUGAGAUCAGCAUGACUACAGCUCUGAGUAAUACAAGCUCUGUCCCUUAUAAUUCAUCACAUGCUCUGCAGUGGAUGAGCUCUGCACCUUACACCAGCAUGAGCUCAACUGAGGAGUUACCUCUGCCGACAACCACAUGCUCUCCUCCCAGCAUCACCACCUUAACGGUGUUUAACGUUACUGGAACCUCCCUCUGUGUGUACUGGUCCAGCCAGUUUCAGACAAACCAGACCUACCGGGUUGUUCUGAGGAAGGGGUCAGAGGUCAUUGACCCUUUGGAAACUCAUCAGACCAUGAUGGAGGUGAGGGGACUGCAGCCUGGGGGGCUCUACAACGUCACUGUCACACCUAGUGCCUGCGGAGGAGAAGGGGUCACCCAACAUGUAUUGGUCAAGACAGAUGCUCAGACUCUUGACGCCACAACUCGACUCACCAACAUCAACUUCACUGAUGACCUGCACAACUCCAGCAGCCAGGCCUACAAAAGCCUCACUGCCAGUAUCAUAGAAGAGAUCUACCAGUCUCUGUCUGAGGAAAUGAAGCUCUUGGUGAGGAUUGAGAUAAGGAGCUUGUCAGCGGGCAGUGUGGUGGUCAACUUCACCCUCACCCUCAACCUCACCCCAAGCCAAGGCCUAGACAUCAGUAAUGUGUCCCUGGCUCUGCGUAACUCCCUGAUGAACAGCUCCAAAUACACUGUGGAUAGAAACAGCACAAGCAUAACUGAUUUUAAUGAAUGUGAAUCAGGGGAAAACGACUGUUCCCAAUGGGCUACAUGUAACAACAACCUGGGCUCUUACACGUGUCACUGCAUGGAAGCGUUUACAGACAACAACCAAGAAAGGCCUGGGCGAGCCUGUCAAGCGAAUGCUUCCUCAGAGACAAUGACGGCCUCAACCAGGGAUCCAGCUUUAACCACAGUAACAACCACUCCAAACAUAACCACUGUCAUUAUAUCAACAAGUGAAAUGGUUUCUACUACAGCCACACCCAGUACAGCGGGCUCAACCACUUCUACGGUCAUAACUGUCGUCACUCUAGCUACCACUACUCCUGCAAUGACAACCACUACUAACCCUGCAACAACAACCACUGCUGCACCAACGACCAUGGCAACAGCUUCAACAACCAUGACUUCGGCCCCGACAACCACCACUACUGCUCCAGUAGCUAUUGCUAAAGCUGCAACAACCACAAAUAGUGCCCCAAUAACCAUGACUACUUCCCCAAUAACCAUGAAUACUGGCCCAACAGCUAUGGCUACAGCUGCAACAACCACAAAUAGUGCCCCAACAACCAUCACUACAAACUCAACAACCACAAAUAGUCCCCCAAUAACCAUGACUACUGCCACAACAAUCAUCGCUACAAACUCAACAACCACAAAUAGUCCCCCAAUUACCAUGGUUACUGCCACAACAACCAUCAUUACAAACUCAACAACCACAAAUAGUCCCCCAAUAACCAUGACUACUUACCCUACUGCCCCAAUAACCAUCCCUACUGCCCCAACAACCAUGACUACGACCCCAACAACCAAAACAAACAUGACUACACCCCCAACAAACACCAAUACUGCAAUGACAUCCAUAACUUCUACUCCUGCACCCACUGUUACCAACACAACUGCUGCUACUGCUACAACCACUUCUUUGGCCCAGAGAACCCGCUCUGUGCAAGGGGCCGUCUCAGUGCAGUGCAAGGUCACUUCCAUCACCGUAACAGUUGCCAGAGAAUUUCUUCAGAACACCAAAAUCAGAGAAAGCGACCUGUACUUAGGCUCGCCGGAAUGUGGCGUCAACGGAGGCAAUGACACCCAUGCCCAGCUGACCGUGGCCUGGGAUGAGUGCGCCACUAUACUUACACAUAAUGAAACCUACAUCACAGUAUCUGUGACCCUGUGCAACACCAUGGAUACAAACAGCUCAUCCAGAGUUCGGCUGGAGGUUCCCAUCAUGUGUCCCUACAUGAAGAGCAUGCGUAUCUCUGCUGACUUUGGGUCUAUGGGACACGACGUUAUCAAAGAUAUCAUCAUAGGCCUGGGGUCGUUCCAGGUGACGGUGCGGCUGAUGAAUGGGACAGUCCCUCUGCCCCACAACUAUAGCUUGUCAUCUGAGGACAUGGUGGUGGUGGAGGUCAGCCUGAACACCUCCUCAGACCAGAUUAAAGUAGUCAUCAACAAGUGCUGGGCUACUCCCACCCUGGAUCCUGCAGAUACACAAAGCUACCCCUUCAUUGAGAACAGCUGCUCCCUUAACACGUACACCGACGUGUUGAUGAACGGGAACUACAGCACAUCUCGAGUGUCUGUGCAGAUUUUCUCCUUCGUCAACCUGGAUGUGAUCUAUCUGCACUGCCAAGUCUACAUCUGUGUCCAGAUUGGAACAGACACCUGUGUGCCUGACUGUCGGCAGAGAACGGCUCGAUCUAUGAACAGACUGGGAACAUCUUACGGUUCCUCUGGACCUCUACAAAGACUUUUUGAUUACCACUUGGACCAGGAGUAUGACACUGUUCAUAUAAUCGGCUUCUCCUGUCUGGGAGUCGGCUUGGCGCUCUUCUUCAUCCUUGGCUUUGUCUGCCUCUUCUACUACCAGAGGAACCGCAUCGGACACUACAACUUCAGUGUCAAACCCAAGCAGGAGAACUUCACCUACCUUGUCUUCAACACCUAG